GUAGUCAGCUGAGCGGCUCGGCUCCCCGCGGACUGAGCGCGACACUCCGCUCUCGCGAGAACCGCCCGGGACGGUUCGGCGUGGUAUCACCUCGGCAGGAGUUCCACAAAAUGUACAUUGGGAAGUUUUUCCAAGCCUGUUACCACCACCAUGCCAGAUCAAGACUCUUACAACAUGCUUGCGGCCUAUCUCUGAACUCGGCACUGGGGAGGAAUUAUGCCGCCUGCCCCUAUAAAGCUGUGAUCUUUGACAUGGGUGGUGUUCUCCUUCCUUCGCCCAUGAAACUGGCUGCAGAGUGGGAGGUCCGGAACUGCGUCUCUCCUGGUACUCUUAUGCAAGCCUUUGUAUCUGGAGGGGAGAACAGACCCUGGAUGAAAUUCAUGAGAGGGGAGCUGAGCCCAGAAGAGUUUCUGCAUGAAUUUGGGCAGCAGUGCUCCAAGAUCGCAAAUUCCUCCGUUCCAGUGGACUCUUUUCUUUCUGAGCUAACCAGCAAUGCAAUGUCUAAACAGCUCCCGGUGAUGACCCAGGCUAUAAAAUGCAUCCGGACCGAAGGCCUGAAGACAGCAGUGUUGAGUAACAAUUUUUAUUUACACAGCGGAGAAAGCUUCCUGCCCCUGGACCGAAAGCAGUUUGAUGUGGUAGUUGAGUCUUGCCGAGAAGGGAUCUGCAAACCAGACCCUGCGAUCUACAAGGUGUGCUUGGGGCGCCUGGGGGUUCAAGCGAGAGAGUGCAUUUUUCUGGACGAUCUGGGACAGAACCUCAAAACUGCUCUACAGCUUGGCAUUAAAACAAUACAGGUCCAUGAGCCAGAUCCAGCUGUCCGUGAGCUGGAGGCCUGUUUGGGCUUCCCUCUGCAGUGCUUCGUUCCAUACACACGCUCUGUGAGGCCAGCCAUGGAAAUCCCGAAGGAGCCGCUCCAGAAAUACCUUGAAAGUGUCUUUGGGGCUCAAGCAGAAGGGCCUCUAUUACUGCGGCAGUUCAGCCACGGGCAGUCCAAUCCAACGUAUUACAUCCAGUUUGGGGAUCGCCACUUGGUCCUGAGGAAGAAGCCCCCUGGCCAGCUGCUGCCAUCCGCUCAUGCUGUGGAGAGAGAGUACAGGAUUUUGAAGGCUCUGGCCGAUGUCAGCAUCCCAGUCCCAAAAGUUCUGUCUCUCUGUGAAGAUUCAAGCAUCCUUGGCACCCCUUUUUACCUCAUGGACUACUGCACCGGCCGGAUCUUCAAGGACCCCUCCCUUCCAGGACUGGAGCCCAGCCAGCGGGGCGAGAUUUGUGCUGCCAUGAACAGAGUCCUCUGCCAGAUCCACAGUGUAGACAUUAAAGCAGCUGGCCUGGAAGAUUACGGAAGGCAAGGGAACUAUAUUCAGCGACAAGUGCAGACCUGGACCAAACAGUACCGUGCCACGGAGACAAACCCGAUCCCCGCCAUGGAGAGGCUGAUGGCGUGGCUCCCCUCCCACCUACCAACCAGCCAGCGGCUUUCUAUCGUGCACGGAGAUUUCAGGCUGGACAACCUGGUCUUCCACCCAGAUGAUCCGGAGGUUGUCUCUGUCCUGGACUGGGAACUCUCCACCUUGGGUGACCCCCUUUCUGAUGUGGCCUAUAACUGCCUUGUGUAUUAUCUGCCAUCUCAUUCCAGCAUCCUAAAAGGUCUGAGCGACUGCGAUCUGAGCCUGCUGGGCAUCCCCACACCAGAGGAAUAUUUCCUGCUGUAUUGCGACCACAUGGGCAUCCCUCCCAUCGAGAACUGGAACUUCUACAUGGCGUUCUCCUUUUUCAGAGUGGCGGCAAUCCUGCAAGGAGUGUACAAGCGCUCGCUCACAGGUCAGGCCAGCUCUGCAACAGCCGAAAGCAGCGGGCGGCAGGCAGAGUUGAUGGCCAACCUGGGCUGGGAUUUUGCCACCAAAGAAGGCUUCCGGGUCUUCAAAGGGCUUUCGACCCCUAGAUCUCCGAGCAAGCCCUUCAGCACACAAGCUGGUCCAAGCCCAUCCCCGAGGAGGAGCUACACCAUGGGACCACACUCCGGGUUGGCUCCUGCAUCCAAGUCUCAGCUGAUCAUCUCUCCGGAAGGCUUACCCAGCCGGGUUCAAGAGCUGUAUCACAAGCUGGAGAGAUUUAUGAGCGACCACAUCUAUCCAGCCGAGCAGAUCCUGCGAGACCAUCAGGCUGCCCAGAGCAGGUGGACGCCACAUCCCCUCACAGAGGAGCUCAAGGACAGGGCAAAGUCCGAGGGCCUCUGGAACCUUUUUGUCCCUUUGGAGAGUGACCCGGAUAUGAAAUACGGAGCAGGUUUGACAAAUGUGGCUUAUGCCCACUUGUGUGAACUGAUGGGGACUUCGCUCUAUGCGCCUGAGAUCUUCAAUUGCUCCGCCCCUGACACAGGCAACAUGGAGGUGCUGCUGCGUUACGGCACGGAAGCCCAGAAGGAGCGCUGGCUGCAGCCUCUGCUGGAGGGCAAGAUCCGCUCCUGCUUUGCCAUGACGGAGCCACAGGUUGCUUCCUCUGAUGCCACCAACAUCGAGGCUUCCAUCACCAAGGGACAAGGCGUCUAUGUUCUGAAUGGACGCAAAUGGUGGAUUUCGGGCUCCCUGGAUCCUCGCUGCCAGCUCUGCAUCUUCAUGGGCAAGACGGACCCCACAGCCCCAAGACACCAGCAGCAGUCAAUGCUCCUCGUCCCUAUGAACACUCCUGGAAUGACAGUCACUCGGCCACUCACCGUGUACGGCUUGGACGAUGCUCCAGCUGGCCAUGGGGAGAUCACUUUUGAAAACGUUUGUGUUCCCCAAGAGAACAUCUUGCUGGGCCCUGGCCGAGGGUUUGAGAUUGCUCAGGGGAGGCUGGGCCCAGGAAGGAUACAUCACUGCAUGAGGCUGAUUGGCUAUGCGGAAAGAGCGUUAUCGCUCAUGAAGGAGCGGGUGACGUCCCGAACAGCGUUCGGAAAGCCCUUAGCAGAACAAGGCACAAUCAGGGCAGCCAUUGCCGAGUCCCGAGUUGAAAUUGAGCAGGCACGGCUGCUAGUCCUCAAGGCCGCUCACCUUAUGGACGUUGUUGGAAACAAGGAGGCUGCUCUAGAGAUUGCCAUGAUCAAAGUGGUGGCUCCAAACAUGGCCUUGCGGGUCAUCGAUCGGGCGAUCCAGGCAUUCGGCGCAGCAGGACUCAGCAAUGACUAUCCGCUAGCGCAGUUCUUUGCCUGGGCACGGGCUCUGCGUCUGGCCGACGGCCCCGAUGAAGUCCACAGGGCAGCCAUUGCCAAAAUGGAACUGAAGCGUUAGCUGCAUCACAAGUUGUGGUCAAGAACGAGUCGAUGUUUUAUCAGCUGGUGGUGGGAAAAGAAUCCUGGUUGACUGUUUGAGGUUGCACGGAUGAAUGUGGACCAUUUGCAACUGCAGUAUCCAAGCGGAUUUCUGCAGCACUUUAGUUAAGAAUAAGCACAAUCAACUGUGGGGGAAAGAAUCAAAGAAGCAGGCAGCUCACAGGACUUUGAGGACCCUGCUAAAAUUCUCAGCCAUCUCCAGCAACUUCAGGGACUCUGGAGAAGAGAUCCAGCGCCCAAAGAUCAUGGACAGCUGGACCGUUUUGUAUUUCAGUGCCUUACUAGGUCACACUUUGCUUAGCAGAGAACUUCUGAUUACCUCCAAGGCCUUCAUGAGAAGGCCAGGAGCUUAGAUCCGAGUUGAGUAUCCUGAAAAUGGCUUUGGGGUGAGGGGAGAAGCCAAGGAUUUUCUCAAGGACCUCUGGCAGAGUGUAACCCCCCAAACACACACACUGCUUACUAGUGUUUUUUUGUUACGUUUUGUGGGGCUUUGCACUUUAACAUGCUAAUUCAUGGAUGUAAUUAUCUUACCAAACCGGUUUAAAAAGUAAAGUAAAAAGAACACCUUC